GAAGCGAUAAGUCGAUUUACCAAGGGCACGAGGAAGAACACCGUUUGAAGACGAAGAUUUGGAAGGCGAGGAAGAAUUUGAAGAACAACUUCGUCCGAGACGAAGCAUUGCAAACCCUAAGUAAUAAUCUACGAAGUCAUAAUGCCUAAAUCAAAGGAAAUGCUCUCCACCACAUCUGGGAGUGACUCUGAUGGUGACGUUGAAACAAAGGCAAAGAAAAAGAAGUCAAGUGCACCAGGAAAAAUGGCUAAGAGGCCAAAUUCAGGAGAGGGUGUCAAACCUGGAGGGUCUUCCAAAGGCAACAGUAACACUGGUGACAACAUGUUCCAAAUUGGAAGAAUGCGAUAUGUCUCUGUCCGGGACUUCAAAGGGAAAGUUCUGAUUGACAUCAGAGAGUACUGGACGAAUCCAGAUGGUGAUAUGAAGCCUGGGAAGAAAGGCAUUGCCCUGAAUCCAGAGCAGUGGAACCAACUGAAGGACCAGAUUUCAGAAAUUGAUGAUGCUAUUAAGAGUAUAUAAACAAUCCUUGGAACCUUUGGAAAGUUUAUUGAUUCAUUUUGUAAAAAGCCUGUGAUUCUUUUGUAACUGACUUGGAUGAAAUAGUUCAUCAGUUUAUUGUUUGUUCUAUGGCAUUGUUUUUUUUUCUCUCCCCAUGAUAAGCUUAUUUAGCGGUGUACCUCUUGAGGUUUUGUAUAGAUGAGGGUAAAUGGGGGUUACUCAUCAUAAUGCGGCACAUUACUUUUCAUAGCAAAAUUAAGACGGUUAAUUGCUUCCCUAUUAAAAUUUUUACAGUUGUAUAAAUUCGUGUUCAUAGUUUGACUAUCGCAUUAAUCAAAACUUGUUUUUAAAUGCUCUUUAAAUUAGGGAUGAUAGUUGAUACUGUGUUUACUGGCUAUUAAUAAAUUGGAUUAUUGAAAAAAAUGUGACUCGUGAGGAUAAGUGGUACAGAUGAUGAAUAAAUUAAUGAGUGAAUGAAUGACUGUUACUGACUCAACCUAUUAGAGAGGCACAAUAAUGGCAAACUAUGCAAUAUGGAUUUCAAGCAGUGCAAUAUUUGUAAGGCAAAUGAUUAUGAUUAUGCGGUAUGAGUAGGAGAAUUGAGUAUCUGGGUUGUAGUCCUAACAAAUUUGCCAAAACUCCUGCCUGUCCCCAAAUAAAUAUUUCUUUGCUA